GGAAGUCAUUAUACCGGCAACUUUGAAAAGGUCUGUACAGUCAAUGGUUUCCCUAGGGGGCUGUGAAAUAAGACCACCAGUGGUCUUAAAGUUGAAGUGUGCUUCAGGGCCAGUGCAUAUUAGUGGACAACACUUAGCAGCUGUGGAGGAAGAUGCAGAGUCAGAAGAUGAAGAGGAGGAGGAUGGAAAACUCUUAAGUAUAUCUGGAAAGCGGUCUGCCCCUGGAGGUGGUAGCAAAGUUCCACAGAAAAAAGUAAAACUUGCUGCUGAUGAAGAUGAUGAUGAUGAUGAUCAUGAUGAAGAUGAUCAUGAUUUUGAUGAUAAGGAAGCUGAAGAAAAAGCACCAGUGAAGAAAUCUAUACGAGAUAUUCCAGUUAAAAAUGCACAAAAGUCAAAUCACAAUGGACAAGACUCAAAACCAUCAUCAACACCAAGAUCAAAAGGACAAGAGUCCUUCAAAAAAUUAGGAAAAAACUCCGAAAACACCUAAAGGACCUAGUUCUGUAGAAGAUAUUAAAGCAAAAAUGCAAGCAAGUAUAGAAAAAG